AUGAGUCCUACUAAAUAUGUUCUGGUUCCACCAGAUGAAUUGCAUCCUUAUAUUAACAAAAAGGAUGAAAAUAGUAAUGAUGGUAAUAAUGCCAAUAAUAAGGAAAUGACAUAUCCUGAUUUUGAUCCUUGGAGGCAUACUAAGUCAGAGGAUGAUAUUAUGAUAAAUUUUGUUUCUAAAGGUUAUUAUACCACUCCCAAGGUUAAUUUUGAAAGUAUAUCUGCUAGAUCAUCGUUACAAGAGUCGUUGCCAAAACUUUCCAAUCAUUUAGCUGAACAGUUCUCACAGGUGCUUCAAAUACGUGAGAAGGAAAUAAACAAGAUACCAUAUGGGAAUAAUGAUCCAUCUUCUUCAUCGACUCAGCAUCAGCUAUUUAGUUUAUUGAGUGGUCCUGGUUUCCAAUUGCCAAAUAGGGUCACAUUAACAGAUCAGAGGAAAGAUCAAUGGUUACAAGAACUGAGUUCACCGUAUGCAUCAUUAACAAAGAUAUCCAAAUUUAUACCUCAUGGAUUGAAAAGGAGGCAGGUACUAGAACAAUGUUGUAUGAGGCAGAUCCCAUUAAAGAGAGCUAUUUGGUUACUAAAAUGUUGCUAUUCAAUGGAAUGGAAGGCAUUAUCUACUAAACAUCUAAACUCAAAGGAAAUAAAUUCCCAAUUGUUGAAAGAAUGGACAGAAAAUUUUAUAUUCAUGUUAGAAAAAUUAGUAUUUGAAAUGUCUCAAUAUUAUAAUGAUGCUGCUAAGUUAAAAGUUUGGAAGAGAGAAAUUUACUAUUUCUUAAAGUUACUAGGAAAUUGUUAUACUUUAGAGCUUAUUAAUAAGGAUAUUUUAUUGCAUUGGUUAGUGGAAUUCAUUUCAAAAAUUGAGAUUUUCGAAUAUUUACCAUUAAGUCUACAUAUACUAUCACUAUUCUGGCAUGAUAUAUCAAAUGUCAAUGAAUCAGCACCUUCAGCACAGCCAAUGUUUUUAGUAACUAAAAUAUCGGAUACAUUACUACACAAGUACAUUGCUGUCUCUCAUAACAAAUCAAUGAUUAAUGAUGAAAAAUAUAUUAUAAAUGAUGUGAAGAAGAACAACAAAAUAAAAGAAUCCAUAUUGGCGGUUAUAAGAAGAUUAAUUUGCGAUUUGUUUCAAAGACAGUUACUUGAAGUAUUUUUAUUUCCAACCUCUAGUUGGGAUCUUUACAAACCGUGUCUUUAUGAAAUCACUAAUCAGUUAAACGAUACACCUGAGAUGGUAGCUGAAGUUAAAAAGAAAUUAGAAUUAAUCAGUUACAGGAAUGAGUCGCUUAAAUUACACUAUACUUCUCGAUCACAUACACCUGAAGAUGAAUCUGGUACUAAUACAUCCAAUGAUGAAUCUAAAAUUGAAUUCAUAAAACUAAAUUGUAUUGAUUUUGAAUUGACUGAAAAAUUAGAUGAUAAUCCUAUUGAUUUUGAUUGGGCCUCUUUUGUUGAUAGGGAAAUUCAAAAUGUUUCUCAAAUUGUACAAUUGAUAUUAUGGGUUAUUCAUCCAUCUAGAGCUUGUAGAUAUGAAGGUACUCAGUUAGUUGCUAAAAUUUUACUGUUAACAAUUAGUUCCGUGGAAGGAUUACAAGAAUAUGUCGUUGAAGAUAUUAUUUGGUCGGUUGUUUUCCAAAUCUCCAAAUAUUCAGAACAGAAACGUUCAACAUUUGUAUCAUUACCAUCACUAUACAAGCUUCUAAACAUGCUAAUCACAUAUGGAAUUGUUAAGGUUCCUACGUAUAUUAGGAAGUUAAUUAGUUCAGGUGUGUUAUAUUUGCCUGAAUCCAAUGAUAAAUUUUUCCAUUGCGAUGCAUUGAUAAAUUUAAAGAUAUCUUUCCUAAUGAAAAGUCAAUACAAUAUGGUUCUGAGAAAUGUCAUUGAAUAUGAUGCCACAUUCUAUGAAAAGUAUAAUUUUGAUCAAUUAUUGUCGGUUACGGAUGAACUGAAACAGAAGAUAUUGGAUUCAGAAGAAUUAGAUAUGUCAGAACAACCAUAUAGCAUCAAGAUAAUGAUGGCUGAGUGGUAUUUAGGUCUAAUUUGUGGUGGGGAGUUAGAAGUUGUUAACAAACAAACACUGAUGAAGAAUUUUAAUUUCUUUUGUAUUCAUUUCGAUGUCUUCCAUCAUUUUUAUAAGUGGGUGGAAUUUAUCGUCUAUCAUCAAUUACUGGCGGAUAUAGAAACUUUGGAAACCCUUAUGAAUAUUUUACUAAGAUAUGGUAAACUAUUUUCCCAAUUUAUUAAUGACCAUAUUUUAUUCACGAAAACGUUUAUUUUGAUAUAUACCAAAAUCCUAAAGGAAAGUGACAAUACAGCUUAUUCAGUAACAUCAUUUAUGCCAUUCUGGAAAUUUUUUAUGAAAAACUUCUCAUAUACACUGAAUUUUGAUGAGGAUUUGAGAACUGAUCUUGGAUCUGUCUAUGAAGAAGAGAAAGCUAAAGUAGAGAGGUUUCCAAAAGAUAAAGAAUUGGUAUCCUUGUUGAACGAUGAUUUGCAUGGAAAUAUUUCCAAUGCAAAAGGGUUGGUUUGUAAUUUCCCAGAGGUUUUCCAAACCAACUUAAGAGUUUUCUUUAGUUCAGAGGAAUACUCAUUAUCUAAAAAACAAGCUAGAUACAUGUUACUUUUGAUUAUGAAUGCAAGUACCAGGGAUUACAAUAAGUUUAUUGCUAUAUACUUGAAGAGAAAAGAUUUUAAGAUGGAAAAUUUGGUCCAUUUAAUAUCUUAUAAGUUAUUAACACUUGAACAAGUUCAAAAUGUUUUAGGUAUUGAUUUCAUUUUGGUAUUACUGUCAUAUAAAUAUGAAGGAUACGACUUGGGUUUUGAAUAUUACAGAGAUCAUUAUGUCAGAUUAAACUACAAGCUUCUAUUAACUGCCUGUGAAUCGAAGUUAAACGAUCACUAUACUCUAUUUUUAGAAAUGCUAAUACAAUAUGGUAAUCUUUGGAAGCUAUAUGACAUUACAUCCUCUGCAUUACUUGCUGUUUUCAAUGAUUCGAAUGUUGAUAAUUAUAAGUUUCUACGUUCAAUUUUAUUUUUUGGUGUUAAGAACUAUGAUAAGGACGAGGAUAUAGUGAUGACAGAUGGCAUCAGUCCACAUGUUUGGUUAGACUUUACUAACAUUUGGUUAUUCCAAUCUUACACGAAGUAUAUUUUGUUAGAUACGCUAUCUUCAGGGGAAGGGCUAGAAAAGGCUAAGAAUUUCUUGUUUAGCAUGAUUGAAGUAACUAAUUAUAGCUGUCUAUGUGCACAGACGUUUGGAAGGAUAAAUGAUACUGAUACCAUAAAUAUCCUGAUCAAAAUAUUCGAAAGGAAGUUUUUUGAUACCUGCCUAUACGACAAAGAAAUAUCGAACCAAUACCUGAGAGUUAUAAUAGAGGUGAUAACAUUUCUGUCUCAGCAAAUGGCUAUAAACAGUCCAAGCCAUCAAGAUAUGAAUGUUACAUUUAUUGAAUCAUUGAGAACUAUAUCAAAACACUUCGCGAAGAAAGAUGAGCAGGAAUUAAAGAAUAUUAGAGUUAAGCUUGACUCAUUUUUAAAGAUAUCUAUAAUUCAUCAAACUGCUAUAUUCGAAUAUGUCAGCAACCUGAUUGAGACGAACGAUAUCAAGAUUGUGAAUAGCUUACUGGAUGAUCUAUUCACAUUGUUUGAGAAGAUAUCCUUUGAUUUGGGAUUGAAAUUGAUGCUUUAUGAAAUAUUGUCCUCAUUGAAGUCAUAUUGCCAGUACAAAUCCACCACUGAAAGCGGUAAAGGCAACAAAUCAGUAAUCGUGCCUACGAAGUUGUUGGAACUGCCACCUUUCCAAGUAUCAUCGUUCCUGAAGGAAGAAGAUCCAGAUGACAAUGAACAACAAUUGUCAUUGGGUAUUCAAACCGAAGAUGACAUCCCCUAUGGAGGCAGGCCGUUGUCAUCCCAUCCGCAUAGCGUCAAUAGAUGCUAUCAAAAGCAAUGGUUUAUAUACAGCAAGAAAACUAAAGAGCACUGGUGCAGAUUCUACAAUGAGCCAUACCAUUGCAUCAACAAUUACCAAUCCGAGAGCAGCAGUUCGUUCAAUAACUCUUGUUUGAACCUGAGUCUUUUUGACGCCAGGUAUGAGAAACGAAACCCAAAGUAA